UUUUACAUAAUCAUUUUGAAAACCGUCGACAAGAUUCAUCGAUCAUCGACGUACAGACUCCUUCGUGCUAGGAUCCGAAACUGCAAAAAUGCGCACGUUGAUCGGCCGUGGGUUCUGAAUUUGUUUCGUUUCGCUGAUCUUGGUGUGUUGGCUACUUUGACGCGCUUCUUGGUCCUUUGAUAACAAUUUGGAUAACAAUAUGUACCACAUGUAGUGACACGAACAUCUACCAAUAGACCUCUCGGGAUACUUUCAAAGUUGAGUGAUGUGGAAUACAGUCACGUGAUUACCACGAAGAGACACAACUAAAUCGUGAAGUGAUAAUUUCAGCUCGUAUAUUUUACUGCUGAUGCUCCGAGCUCUGGCGUUUACUCUCAUGUCAUCUACCUGCCUGCUCGGACUGCUACGAUUUGCUGUAGCAUAAUUGUUUACCACAUAUCAUCUUUGAUUUCAUCCACGUUGACAUACGUGUUUACAGUGGACGUCCGGUAGAUCGUUGGUAGAUCCAUUGUCGAGUGUGUCCCGCGUUAUCGAUGGGAUGAAUAGCUGGUGUUUCCUUCGACCCUUCAAACUUAACAGGUCAUUUAAAUCUGCUGAAAAAUGGCCCUCGAUAAUAGACCUGCAAGUGUCAUCUUACUUGCUAUUAUAACAUCAUGCAUCAUCUCCGUUGUUUCACCUGAAAAAUUGCCAUUAGAAGAUAAAAACUCCCCUUUUUCGAGCUCCUCCAUGAAUUCCGCAGAGGCAACAUCGAAACAGCCCAAGGGCGAUUUAGGCUUACUGCAUGCCUUCGUUGCCUCACUUUCGGUCAUAGUCGUCUCUGAAUUAGGAGACAAAACAUUCUUCAUUGCAGCUAUUAUGGCCAUGCGACAUCCGAGACUUACAGUUUUUGCAGGAGCUAUCAGCGCACUUGCUCUUAUGACUGUUCUUUCAGUCAUGUUCGGUUAUGCGGCAACGAUAAUUCCGCGAGCUUACACUUAUUACAUUUCAACUGCCUUAUUCGCAUUGUUCGGACUGAAAAUGCUUAGGGAUGGUUAUUACAUGUCGCCAAACGAAGCUCAAGAAGAACUGGAAGAGGUCCAAUUGGACCUCAGAAAACGAGAAGACGAGUAUGAAAAGGAAGCCACUGCUACCAUUGUUCAGGACCCUGAAACCGGUGUUAUCAGAAAGGCAACAAAAUCUAGCGUGUGGCUACUAGUUUCGAGAGUUUUCAUACAAGCGUUUACUCUCACCUUCCUUGCCGAAUGGGGGGAUCGCUCGCAGCUUACGACUAUCAUUUUAGCUGCCAGAGAGGAUGUUUACGGCGUAACAUUGGGCGGAGUGUUGGGGCAUUCAUUCUGUACGGGUCUGGCGGUGCUCGGUGGGCGUAUGAUAGCGCAAAAAAUAUCGGUUAGAACAGUCACAAUUAUCGGUGGUGUGGUGUUCCUAUUGUUUGCGAUCACGGCGUUAUUCGUCAACCCAACGCAAGAUGUUUAGGCGUGAGAAGACUUAAUAAAUUACAAGAAAGUAGUCUACUGAAACGUUUCACUUGUUCACGACGUCAAGGAUGAUGCGACAGUGAUGUACAGUAAUUCAAUCGAGAAUUCGUUUCCCUUCGUUCCUGAAAUUGUUCGUGCCACCACACCGACCCACGCCCCUUUAACGUAAACGUUCGCAUAAUUCUUAUGGAAACGAAUCAUUAUUCAGAGAUUACUGUGAUUGUUCUUUAGUCGUAAGUACCAUGGGUAAAAUAAUUUAUCCCUAUCCAUAAUCCAUUGUAACGUGGAUAUCACAGUCAGCGCGAUCACUGUUCACGUGAUCAAGGGUAUAUGCCAUCAACAAAACCAUUGUCGAAGAGAUGUAACGGUAUUGGCACAGAAAUCGGCCGAACGCCGGCUCGUCUGGUCAGUACAGAUAUGCAUGUCGGGUAAUACCGGUGAAGAGAGUUUCGUACCUCCGUUCGUAACUACAAUGGUAUACAAUAGUAUUGAUCUCGCUGUCGUCGAUGGUAGUUAUGAGUUUCAUAUUUCUUGUUAAUUUUAAUGAAUAGCGUAACAGCUGAGUAGACUUGUUUUUCAUUGUGUCUCAACGCCUUGUAUUGUAUUAUAUUUUUAUAACAAAAAUGAACAAAGUAUUAGCGAUUUAUUUAUAACUCGAAGAUCAGCGUGAGCAAUAAACAUUUGUUGCGAUAAAA